AUGGAUGCUCCCGUCACUUCAUCUACUAUGGCCCAGCGCCAAUUCUCGUCUACAACAACCAAUACCUCGACGUCUCAAGGAUUUGCGCAGCCUCCUCCGGCGACACAGAAGACACCAAGCACAGACGCUUUCAUCCGAGACCUCAACCUCGUGGCCGAGGCCGCCAAACGAGCCCAGAUGGCGGUACUGAUGCGAGAUCUUGAUAGCAUAGCGAUCUCGGCGAAUGGCAAUGAAGAUUAA